AUGCACAAAUCCCAUCUUCCCCUCACCACAAAUCAAUAUCUCCCAAAUCACUCACGCCUUGCACUGGGGGCCCAUCCACCUCCUCACUCACCCCCACCUCACACAUUCUCCUCUCCUCCCCAGAUCUCACUCUGCCUCACUUUUUUUCCAUCUCUUUCGGCAAAACCCGCAAGGCCCCACUCUCCAGCCCUCACUCUGCACCUUCCCUCAGCUGUCGUGCCGCUAACCUCCACCCAUCACCUUCCAUCCCAUCCGUUUCUCUCCCAUUUAUCUUCAGCCCUAGAUCCGCACAUCGCAGCUUCCACCACCACGCUCGUCAUGUGCACCACCAUCGGCACUGUGAGCCACGCAUGCAGUCGUGCCUCGUCCCCUCCAUCUCACACUCACUCAACACCCUCACCAAACCCCAAUCACAGCCCAAACCUCGGUGAAAUCCCUUCGAAAGUCGUAGACAACCCUCUAACCAUUUGCUAA